AUGAUAGCAGACUCUGCAGAUGCAAGUCCUGAACAAAAACGAAACGUAAAACCACCGAAUGGAAAACAAGGUUAUGUGCCACUGGACGAAGAGAAAGAGGGGGGAAACUAUCCUUGGGACACAUUUAAAGAAACAUCAACAGACAAUUUAUCUUCCAGCGAUAUCAGGCUUUGGAAGACAAUACAUAAAGUCACAAAAGUGAUUUUCAUAGUCAUUCUCUUUUUCAUUGUGCUCAGCACUGCAGUUGUACAUAAAAGUACAUUGUUUCUAUUACUGGCAAAUAUUUCUCCUCCGAACCCGACCAGAAAUUCUUCGCUGAAGACGUCCAUGUACCACUUUCAAUACGACAGUAUUGAAACCUCAGCUACUUACAUUUGGUCUGUGGUACUUGUAGUGAUUUCACCUUACAUCUUUACAACAAUAUCAAGUGUAUGGAGCCUGCUUUUCAAGAAACACGCACCUUUGGAGUGUACACCGCUGCUGCUUAGUAUAUUGGUUGAGUCACUACACUCCGUUGGACUUUGCUUUUUCAUAUUUGGGCUGCUUCCAAACUUAGAUCCAAUUGCAGGACUAUUGUUUUGUUUGAAUGUUGUAUCAAUUCCAGCUGUUCUAAAACUCAUUUAUCUGGAAGACAGUCGUAAUUCCAAGGCAAAAGCAGUAAAGCGAAUACUCGCUAUAGUAGGACUUGCAGCAACACUUACUUCCAUGGCCCUCUGGGUUUACUACUUGUAUAAAUUAGACACUGAAUGGCAGAAAGACAGACCAGGGUUACUUGUGAUAUCGAUAUUGUCACCUUUACUUGUAUCAGUUGUCUGGUGGGAUAACUUCAUUCCGCAGAAGCCCGGUAAAUAUUUAAAGUGUUUAUCGCAAAUGAAAGAAAAAAUAAGGGAUAUGCGAACCAAAAUCUACGCCAUUGUUAGCAUCUGGAAGACCAUUGUUACUCUUUGCAUGGUGACAUUUAUCUAUGGAACAGGGUGUAAUGAUAGUACUUCGUGUUUGUGGGUAUUGUAUGGCACUACACACGAAAGUUUACCCAGUAUGGAUGGAUUAAACAAUGACACCAGUCAACUACAACUUAAUGCUACUUUGGAUUCGUGGAUUCUCGGUCCAACGUCUCUCGUGGUAGAUCUGGUUCAUGGAACUUGUUCAAGGCACAUGCCUAUGUAUAUAGCGGUGGUCAAUAUAAUUACAGGCCUUGUGUGCUUCAGGUGUUGUGUGGCAGCAAAUAAGAUACUAGCUCAGAUCCCGGGCUUCUCUCUACCUCUCGUUCUAUCUACACCCACCACACUACUUUUCAUGGUCACCCUGUAUGCUAGCCAGGACAUGCGCAUAUCUGACACGUGCAGCUUACCGUUUCCAAGAUGGACAAGCGGUAUUCAAUAUGAUUGGACAAUGAUAACAGCUAGUAUAUUGGGAUUCAUCGCGAUUGUGGCGGUAACCAGCCAUAUUUGGAUUCACAGUCAAGAGCGAAUGCAACGUGGAGAUCGAAUGUUUAUGCGGCCGAUGUAUUGUGGGCUCUUCUUAGAUCAGUCCAUGAUUUUAAAUAGAAGACGAACAGAAAAGCCUGGCGACAAGGAUACGGUUAGUGAGGACAACUCUGAAAUUGAACCUGAAGAGACUCCGAAGAUUUAUCUGUGCGCAACAAUGUGGCAUGAGAAUGAUAACGAGAUGACCCAGAUACUAAAAUCUCUUUUUAGACUGGAUAUAGAUCAAUUUGACCAUUGGGCCAAACACAGACUUGAAGCAAAUCCUGACUAUUACGAGUUUGAAGCGCAUAUCUUUUUCGACGAUGCAUAUGAAAACAAAGAUGGAGCAAGGCAGAUUAACGAAUAUGUAAAACGACUCUUUGUAAAGAUGGAAGAUGCUCAUCGCUCUGUGUAUGGCACCGCUGAAGACAGAAAACUGGAACCGCCACUACGGUUAGACACUCCUUAUGGUGGGAGGCUGGUAUGGACACUUCCAUUCGACAAUAGAUUGGUAGUGCAUUUAAAGGAUAAAGAAAGAAUUCGGCACAGAAAAAGAUGGAGUCAGGUUAUGUACAUGUACUAUUUGCUUUCUUACAAACGCCGAACGAACCAAUCAGACAAAAACACAUUUAUACUUGCCUUAGACGGAGAUGUUGAUUUCCAACCUUCGGCCUUGAAACUUCUUGUAGACAGAGUGAAGAGAAAUCCAAAUGUUGGAGCAGCAUGUGGUAGAAUCUUACCAAUUGGAUCUGGGCCAAUGGUAUGGUAUCAGAAGUUUGAAUAUGCAGUUAGCCAUUGGUUGCAGAAAGCCACAGAACAUACGAUUGGAUGUGUGUUAUGUAGUCCUGGCUGCUUUAGUCUGUUCCGAGGCUCACACCUUAUGGCAGAUAAUGUAAUGAAAAGAUACACCACUCCACCCACGGAGGCCAGACAUUACGUACAAUAUGAUCAAGGUGAAGACAGAUGGCUUUGUACAUUGCUCCUUCAACAAGGGUACAGGGUGGAAUACUGUGCUGCAUCGGAUGCUCUAACUUACGCUCCAGAAGGUUUUUAUGAGUUCUAUAACCAAAGAAGGCGCUGGACACCUUCGACAAUGGCAAAUAUCCUUGACCUCCUGCUAGACUUCAAAAAUGUCACAAAGCUAAAUAACGAUAUUUCUUUGCUUUAUAUUGGCUACCAAAUGCUUUUAAUGGUCUCUUCCAUUCUGACACCAGGAACUAUAUUCUUGAUGAUUUUAGGAGCUAUCAAUAUGGCGUACCCUUCGUUAUCACUAUACUGGGCUUUGACAUUGAAUUUAAUACCCGUUGCAAUAUUUAUCAUAUUUUGCUUUCUGGCAAAGCCAAAUACACAACUGGCAUAUGCAGCAAUUCUGUCAACAGUCUACUCACUUGUGAUGAUGUUAGUGAUUGUCGGUUUGAUAAAACAGGCCGCAGACAACGGGUUUUGUUCUGUUACAACAGUAUUUCUAUGUUUUGUUGUUGGUGUGUUUGUCAUAGCGGCAUUUGUCCACCCCAAGGAGCUUUGGUGUAUACUACAUGGCUUUCUAUAUUUCCUGGCAAUUCCGUCCAUGUCAAUGCUGCUUAUGCUUUAUUCAAUAGGAAAUCUUCAUGUUGUAUCAUGGGGUACAAGAGAAACAGCAAAACCAGUCUCAGAGCAAAAUCCAUCAACAAAUAGCUCAGCUAGUAAAAAUAGCAACGUCAAGGAAUGGCUCACAAAUUUUGGAGUUGCUAGAGAGUCAGAAUACAUGUUUUCAGUCGGAAAUCUUUUAAGAUGUAUUUGUUGUCCUAAUGACACGCGAAACGACACGGAUGUCAAAUUGCAGACGCUUCUUGAACGUUUCGACGCUCUCGAAUCUACCUUGUCCAACAAGGAUGCUCGACCUCACGUGCCGAAUGACCAAAUCAGUAAAGAUAAUGAGAGCCCGAGAAGUGAAGUUAAAAGUAUAAAUAGCGACGAGCAGGACAUAGAAUCCAGUGAUAGAAGGUCGUUGCAAAAUUUGGUUCGUGCAGAAAACGUGAAAGGAAAGAGGCGAAAGAUAAAGGAAUCAGAAAAAGUGUUUUGGGAGCAACUGAUCAAAAAGUAUCUUUUUCCAAUAAAUGAGGACAAGGCUCAUCAGGAGAAAACUCAACAUGAUUUGAUAGAACUGAGAAACAAGGUGUGCCUUUUCUUCAUACUCGUAAAUGCAUUGUUCGUGACGAUCGUCUUCAGCCUGCAGCAAGUUAACCUAGAUUCAGGUGGUUCAAUUUCGAAAGAACUGCCAUGUGCCAACGGAAACCACGGAGGAUCAUUUGAGCCGAUUAGCAUGGCUUUUACAGGAGUCUUUGGUAUACUGUUGUUUAUUCAGCUGAUUUGUAUGCUCGUGCAUCGGAUUUCAACAUUUCUACAAAUAUGCUCCAUCACUGAAGUUUCGGAAAAACAUCAUGAUGAGGAAAAAAAGAUUCAAGAAAACAUAACAAAAAUAAAGAAUUUCGGAAGCAAAAAUUCAGCUACAGCUGAUUUAGGGGACUUUGAAGAUUAUGAGGAGACAACUGAUACUGACUCUGGUGUGGAAGAAGAAGGACAGCAGUUGAUCGAUGAUAGUAGACGCCAAAAGACUAAAUACAAUGGUCGCCGCGGACAGUUUAAGCGAACAUUAAAAUUAUUGAUGAAGGAACCUGUGAGCGGAAACGAUCGAAGAGUGAAAUCAGUUGUUUUUGAGGAUGAGGUGCUGCGGAAAUCCUGUAUUGGGAUAGAUAAAGACAUUAUCAAUGACAUGGUACAUCUGGCACAGGACAAAGGGUUUCAGAAAACCAUUCGUCGACGAGGAAAAGAAAUAGCAGAACAAGCGAAAAAGCGGACAAUCAAGAACGCUAGGACUGCCCCACUAAUGCCAUCAAAUGCUAGCCCAUACGAAAAUGUUGUCCAUCUGCAAGGCCUUCCAUCAAACAAAAAGGAAAUACAUAUUGAUAUGUCGAGUUUUAAUGAAAAGUUCUGAAAUCAAUACAUUAUAACUGACUUUAUCACGAUAACUAUGAUAGUGACAUGUGUAAAUUGAGUAAUGAGUGGAGGUGGAAAUUAAAAAAGUCCUGUUUUUAUAAUGCACAACAUAUCAAUAUGAGUGCCUGAAUUAUGAAUACAGGUGUUUUUGCACAAUUAUCUGUAGGUGUUUUAUGAUACACGAUAUAAUGCUAGUUUUGAUUAAAGUAAGACUUUAGAAACGCCGUUUUAGGAGAAAUGCGAAAUGAGGAAUUAGAUAUACUUGUAAACAAACAAUAUAUUCUGUGAAAAAAUGAGAACUCUACUCUAUUUUCAUUCAUGUAGAAUUCAAAAGAAGAAGAGCUGAUGAUACCUGUAUGUUUUAUUAGUUGACCAAACAACAUUAAGUGGUGAAAAACGAAUGAAACAUAAAUGUUAUGACAGAUAUAUUCUCAGGAUCUUCUUGAAACAAGACCAAAUGAAACAAACGUGAUGGAACUGAUGAAUUUGUAUUUCUCAGAAUAUUGUCAUACAAGCUAAAUACCUAUAUGCCAUGUCAUAACCUUAUACAAGGGCAAAACGCUAUUAUUCAGUAGGCAAAUGUAAUAUAUGUACUGCAAUACAUUAUACCAGUUA